UAUAGUUUAAGUGAGUGACGACGACGAGGCCAGCGACGUGUCUUCUGCUGGGAAAGAAUCACUGUUGUUAUUAUUGUUGAUGAUACUCCUCCGUUCACCGACAUUACAUGUAGCAUCUCCUGCACUAACGGUGAAUAAUUUGGUUGAAAGAUUAUAGCUAGUGAAUUCGAACCAUGUCUGAUUCUGAAGAUGAUGGAGCCUUUGCCAGUGCUGGUGAAGGUGACGACAUACCUGUCUCACACACUAGCAAGAAAGGCCAACUAACACCCCAAACAAGCAGUGGCAAAAACGACAAUAAAACCUCCAAAGGCAAAAAUAAGAAAAACCAGCAAAAAAAGAAAGGUAAAAUGGCUAAGUCAACUGAUGAAGAAAUUGUCGAUAAAUUUAUGAACUCUUUCGAGAGCUCUGAUAGCACCAUUUCCAGUGAAAUGACCACACCACAGGUUGAUAAUGUACAGUUACCUAAAUCUGAUAUGGAAGAUGUUCGAAUCACCGAUGAGAGUGAUGACAAUCGUAUGAAAAGUAACUUCUCUGAGGAAGACGACCAGAGUGAUGUUUUACAGGACUGUAACCUGAAGAGACUGUCUUUAUCUUUAGAUAACAAAGAAGAGAACAAUAAAGAAACACUUCCUGACAAAAAUACUGCCACAAAAGAAAACCAAGAAAAGUCUGGAAAGACAUCAAGCUGGGGAUGGGGAAGCUGGGGAUCAUCUUUCAUUGGGGCAGCAGCUUCAUCUGUUUCCACAUUUACGUCUCAGAUAGGUGAUGGUGUUAAUACCAUUAUCGAUACUGUGGAGACUGGUUUGACUAGUGUACCUUCACCUGAAGAAAUGGCCAAAGAAGCAAAAGAAAUGGAAAAUCUACCUGAAGCCAAAGAGAAAGAAGGAAAGAAACCAGAAGACAAAACCGAAACUUUGCCUCCUGAAGAACACCCUGAUGUUAGAGAAGGUGAGGAAGGAGAAGGGUCAAAAUCAGAGAAUCAUGGUAUCGGUGGUUGGCUGUCUGGUUGGGGAGUGUCCAAGAUUACUGGGGCAGUUCAAGAAAAGAGUAAAAACAUUGUUACAGGAAGCCUUGAUGUGUUAGAAAGUUUAGGGAGGAAAACAUUUGAUGCAAUCAAUGAACAUGACCCAGUAGGAAUCAGGGAUAAAACCAAAAUGUUAUUCGAGAGAGGUGAUUCACCACAGCUUGCUGAUCUGCUGAAGGAAGCUAAAGAGAAAUCAGAAAUGGAAGAAAAAAUUGCUCAAGAAACUACCGAAGCGCUGAAGUUUGAUUUUGGAGCUUUGUUUGAAGAUUACCAAGGGCAAGCUCAUAUGGAUGCUUUACGGCUGCUCUCUCAACAAAGUGAAGCUAAGUUAAGUGCAUUGCUUGAAUACCACUCUUCUAAUGCUGGCAAGGAAGAAGAAGAAGAAGACAUGAAAAACGAACUUCUAAAAGUGAGGGAUGCUUUUGAAGUGGCUAUAGAAGAUGAAGAAGAUUUUGAUAAAGACCACUUGUUUGUUGGUCUUGUUACUGAGCAUUUAUCAGAUGUCCACCUGGGAGCUCAACCAGACAAACUUAAUAAGUGUCAAGCCAACGCAAGGCAAUGGAUCACAGAGUUUUUUGAAACUCAUUCAACAGAUGAAGAGAAGAAAGCAGCUGAUCCCAAGGAAAUUUACACAGUUGCAAUCCAGUCAAUGGCUGAACUGACAGCCAAAAUAAUUGAACAGUUCCACAAAGCUGGGGAACUGAUCCUUUUGCAAAGUGAUGUCGAACGAAGUGUUGAAGAUCGUGCCAAAAACCUUGCCAGUUUGACUAAAAUAUUCUGGACUGAAAUUAACAUUCUAUCAACCAAAUUCGCCAAAUGUCUCAAUACAGUAAUUGCUGAAGAAGAGAGUGAAAAGAAGUCUGUCAACCAAUACAUAACUAAUGUUUAUCUUGAAGCAUCAAAUAGCAGUUCAUAUAUUGAUGAAGGCUUCCGGGCACUUUUACCCAUAAUGCAAUUAGCUCUGCUGGAGAAGUCAUCGGCGUCGUAAAGUGCAUGCUGCUCACAGUAGCCAAUGAACUGAUCUUCAACCACCGAAUAGUAAUUUUAAAUUAAAAAAAAAAGAAAUAAGAACGAAAAAGUACCCUCAAUCAUUGAAUAAUUGGGUCAUGCACCUAAAUAAGAAGUCGAUGCAAAUGUUUGAUUAAACUGUGAAACUGUAUCCACCCACCAACUGAUAUACCAAUCAAAAAAUACUGUCUCAUAUUCUAUAUAUCAUAUUAUAACUUGUUUUAUUACUGCUACGUAGUUGCUUGGAUUCUACUACACCUGUAAAUUCAAUAUGUUAUGCUAUAAGUUACGUUAUAUCAUGCAUUUCUGACUUGGUUUCCAGAUAUAUUUUGUCCUGUUAUUUUAUUGCAAGUACUCAUUCUUGCCAUUAUAAAAUGAAACUUUCAUUCUUGAUGGGCUCCCUGUUAAAAUAGUUUCUUGCUCUUCAGUGACUGAUUAAAUUGAUUUCAGUGUAGGUUUUUUCAUAUUUGAAAACUUACACUAAGUUUCUUUUAAUAUAUAUAUCUAUAUCUAAAUAUCAUUGUGCGGUGAAGAACACUUUAGAGUAUAAAUGAACUCCUGGCAAUCAAAAUCUGGGUCUUUAGUUUUGAUUCCCCGCUUGCAUCCAGUUUAAAUCAACUUACCUUGAUUGCUAAUGCUCUUGUGAACAGAAUGAUGAAUGUUGCACAGUUUCUUGAUUCAAACCCUAUAAUUGCAAGGUAUUAUACCAACAUGUGUAACAAAUUAAUAUUUAAACAUCAUUGAAUUGUUUGAAUAAUUUUAGAUCAAUCAUAUCAACUAAUUGUUAUUCUUGUUAUUAUUUUUUUUUAAAAUAAGAUUUAUUUCUAAAUUUAUACAAAAAAAAAAUAUAUAAAAAUUUACAUAUCAGAUUAAUAUAAUUUUACUAUUCUGAGAAUCUCAGAGUAUUUUUUCUAGCAAUAGUUCUGCCUCCAAAAUAUGAAUUAUUUUUGAAAUACAAUACUAUUUAGACAAUGUCAUACUGCUGUGAUCUUUUGCAUAUGAAAGUAAACUCUAAUUUGGCAACAAUCAUCAUACAAUACAAACUAAAUGUAUUUAUUGUUCCUUUUUGAAGAUUUACCCCAAUAAUUUUUUCAGUUGUAUCGUGUUGCUCAGUUAUUGGAUAAUGAGAAAAUAUAGAAGCAAUGCUAUCAUCAUUUAAUUGCUAUACUAAUGUUUAAUAAUUAAGAAUGUUCUAGUGUGGUUAGAAGCCUAAUAACGUUUAAACCAAACGAAGAACUAUUUAAUACUGCUUUCUUAUUAGGAAAGCAUCAAGGGUCAGCUGUUGAAUCAUAGCACUCUAAAUGGAAUGAGAUGACUUGGCACAACUGUGUGGACACAGGAUUUGACACUGUCAACUGGACAUUCGGUUUGUUUUGGUGACAGUACUUUUUGGUGCUGGAAGCAAACACUCAAUCAUACAUGUGCAGAAAUAUACACAUACAGAUUGAAAGUGUGUGUGUGUGAAAGAGAGAGAGAGUGGGGUAGAGACAUUACACUUUAUUAAUUGAAUAUGAUUGGCAAAAACUUUCCCCGCUCCUCAUAGAUAUAGAGAAAUAUGCUAACAGAUGUAAACACUAAGAGAGAGAGAGAGAGAAAGAGAGAGAGAUGAAGGGAAGCAUGUGAAAAACAUUGAAGAUACAUGAUGUCAAAUAAAUCAGUGCUGGAUCAGCUGGUGUCAAAUAAGUAGCACCAAAACAUCUCAUACAUGACUCUAAGAUAGAGAUUGAUAGUUUAGUCCCUCUGUGCAGCUGAGAUUUUUUCAAUUUGCAUUAGCUCUACAACUAGAAGUAUAGAGGAACCAGAAUGCUUCAUAAUGUUGUAUUGUUGUUUAUAACUUGAAAUUUUGUAGCUUAAGGUUUGAUAUCUGCUUUCGUACUUAUAUCAGGAAGAAGUGAUAAUAAAUGAAAGGCAUUAUAAGGAUUAACUUGAUUCCACAAGUUGAGUGUUUAAAAAGGAAAAAAAAAAACGAUACAACCUUAUAUUACUGAUUUGGUAAUUUAAGUUUGUAUUAUUUGGUUAAUGUUCUUAAUACCCACUCUUGAAAUGUUUUUGAUAACCUGAUCUUGUCUUAUCUGUAUAUAGAUUUGUUAUAAAAAUCUUUUCGAGAUUCUUUUUUUUUCCCUAAUCUUUCCAAGAUUUGAUAUAUGCAUUUCUAUAUUUUAUCUUUGUACAGUUUUGUUUUAGCAAAUAUCUCCAUUUUCUAACAAAUCUAUUUUUAAGUGUUUAAUGCCCAAAUUCGAAGAUAUAUUAAUAAGUUGCAGUAAUAUUACAAAAAAAAAAACAAACAAACAAAUAAAACAAAAAUUCUAAAAAAUUAAAAUUAUUUUAUUCAUUAAAUUACAAAAAAAAAAUUGAAAAAUAAAUCUAUAUUAAAAUUUGAAAAAGAUCUGACUAAAAAAAACCCCACAAAACUUGAACAAAAGAUCCCAAAAGAUCUGAUAAAAAGUGGAAGUUUGAGGUGAGGUGAUAUUCUCUCAUUGCUUAAAUAAAGUUGUGUAUAUUUGGCUUGUAAAUAUGAAUUACACUCUUAAAUGUAAUGUCAAUCUGUGAAAUAAAUAUAUAUAUAACAUUGCAUGGAAUACAUAUAUAUACAUAUACAUGCAUACAUACACACAUGUUUUUACCAAAAUUUUUUUUACUUGUUUUCUAAAUGUUACUUCUGUUUCAAAAUACUGUCACUUAAGUCUUUUACUUCCUAUAGAGUAUAUGCCAUCGAUGGCUUUUCUUAUCGUCUCUAGGCUGUCUUUUCUGCUUCUCUCCUGAUGGACCUUCUAUUUCCUUGCAGCUUUCUAUUAGAUUUUGCUGCACUGUAUCACGUUUUUCUAAGGGAAAGCCGCCUUCUCCCAGGUCUUGUUUGUUUUGAAUUGUUAUCAAUGCUUCUGUAACAUUGCUUUUUUCUAGGUAGGAGUAUUGGCCCUACACAAAUCUAUUUUUAACUUUGCAAAGAAGUGACCCAUAUUAGUCUGGCCUCUAUCCACUGGCCUGCCCAGAAUGGAAUACCCUACCAGGAACUUGCACUCUGCUGGCUUAGCUCUUAGGCUCACUGAGACACACAAACCACCACACCACAAGGACUGGACCUUGUGGUAGAACAUGUCAGCCAGCCAAUAAAGAACCUCUACAUAGUCAUUUAACAUGUUAGGAAUAGUAGCCAACUCCACUCAAAUUACAACCUACCAUCUUGAAAAGAGGAGGACACAUAUGAUCUAAUACCUAGAUCAGCAAUCUCUAGGAAAAGACCAGAUUGUUAUUGCGAGAAGACCUUUUUGGUCUGCGCAGUUAAGCUAAUCUGAGACAAGGCAACAAUAGGCUCUUGGACGUCUUUAGGGGACUCAACCCUGCUACAAGCAUUCAGAUCAGGUCUCUGGUUUGAGGAUAACUCAAUUUCUUGAUGUGCUACUUCCUUCUGAAGCAUCCCGACCCAUGAUUUGUGGCUUUUCACAUUUCCCUCACCUGACAAACUAUAUAUAAAAAAAUUGUAUGCACCAGUA